GGGAAAUAAAAGGAUGGUCCAUCUGGAGUCUGGGGCGAUGCGUUAAACCCGCCGGGAUCUCUCCCAGCCUAUUGACAUCAACAGGAAAGCGCUGCGCCAAAUGGCAACUUGUGCAGUUACCAAUUACAACAGUGUGUUAGACGCAAAUUCUGACUCAGACGAUGAAGACAAAUUGCACAUAGUGGAAGAGGAAAGUGUUACAGAUGCGGCAGAUGGUGAGGGCAGUGUGCCAGAAGACGACUUGCCAACCGACCAAACAGUAUUAGCAGAAAGCAGUGAAAGUGUGAAACAAAGUUGCUGGGAUGAUGAAGAUGGGACAGAUGGAAAUGAAAUCCUGGGGCCUGAAGCUGAGCUGGAUGAUAUUGCAUGUACAGGGCAUGAUGAAGAAUGUGAUUCAGAUGUAGAAAAUGAACAAAACCAUGAUCCAAAUGUGGAAGAGUUCCUCCAGCAAGGUGAUACGGCUGUCAUUUAUCCGGAAGCUCCAGAGGAUGACCAGAGGCAAGGCACCCCAGAGGCUACUGGCCAUGAUGAAAAUGGAACUCCUGAUGCAUUUUCCCAGCUCCUCACUUGCCCAUACUGUGAUAGGGGAUAUAAGCGCUAUACGUCACUGAAGGAACACAUUAAAUAUCGGCACGAGAAGAAUGAAGAUAACUUUAGUUGUUCUAUGUGCAGUUAUACCUUUGCUUAUAGAACCCAGCUUGACCGUCAUAUGACAUCACACAAGUCAGGAAAAGAUCAGAGACAUGUAACACAGUCUGGAGGAAACCGUAAAUUCAAAUGCACUGAAUGUGGAAAAGCUUUCAAAUACAAACAUCAUCUAAAGGAACACUUACGAAUCCACAGUGGAGAAAAGCCAUAUGAAUGCCCAAACUGCAAGAAGAGAUUUUCCCAUUCUGGGUCAUACAGUUCCCACAUAAGCAGUAAGAAAUGUAUUGGAGUAAUUCCAGUUAACGGUCGAGCGCGUUCUGGUCUGAAGACCCCCCAGUGUUCUUCUCCAUCACUUUCUGCAUCCCCUGGAAGCCCAGCACGACCACCCAUUCGACAGAAGAUUGAGAACAAGCCUUUACAGGAACAACUUCCAAUUAACCAAAUUAAGACUGAACCUGUGGAUUAUGAAAUUAAGCCCAUAGUGGUUGCAUCAGGAAUCAAUUGUUCAGCCCCUCUGCAGAAUGGGAUCUUUAGCAGUGUUAACCCUCUUCAGGCAACCAGUUCUCCUCAGGGUGUAGUACAAGCUGUUGUUCUACCAACUAUGGGCCUGGUAUCACCUAUUAGUAUUAAUCUUAGUGACAUUCAAAAUGUUCUAAAGAUGGCCGUGGAUGGAAAUGUAAUCAGACAAGUGUUAGAAAAUAACCAUGCAAGUCUUGCAUCCAAAGAACAAGGGACUCUCACCUCUGCAACACUUCAGCAAGCGGGUCAUUCUGUUAUUUCAGCUUUUAGUCUUCCUUUGGUUGAUCAAGAUGGUACAACCAAAAUAAUCAUAAAUUACAGUUUAGAGCAGCCGAGCCAGCUGCAGAUUGUUCCACAGAACUUAAAAAGAGAAGCCCCAGUGGAAAUUUGCAAAACUGAAAAAUUACCAGAAGAUCUGACUAUCAAGACUGAGAAAGACACAAAGUCUGCUGAAGAGAGCACUUGCAUGCCUUGUGAUGAUCAUCCAGAAGACCCAAAUGCACUUCAAGAACUUGAGCACUAUGAUCAGAAAAAGAGCGUUGUGCUUCCUGACAGUAACAAGACUGAUAAGGCUGAGUCAUCUUCUGUGGAUACUGUCGAUGGGAAUCUUACUCCCAGCCAACCACCAUUAAAAAAUCUCUUAUCUCUCCUGAAAGCUUACUAUGCGCUGAAUGCACAGCCGAGUGCCGAAGAGCUUUCCAAAAUCGCAGAUUCAGUAAAUCUACCGCUUGAUGUGGUAAAGAAAUGGUUUGAAAAAAUGCAAAGCGGACAGAUAUCUGUUCAGUCCUCCAGGUCAUCUUCUCCAAAACCUGAACAAAAUGGUAUCAUGCCUGAAGAGAAUAUUGAAUCGGGAGAUGGUAGCAAAGUUCAAAAUGGUGUGAAUGAUUCACAGGAUCUCCCCAAAAAUGAACCCUCUCAACCUGUGGCUGUAGAUGUUUCAGAAAGCAGCACAACCUCUCCUUCACCACUAAACCUCUGUUCUUUGAAAGACUCAGAUGAGGUACAAGGCAACCAACAGCAGCAGUCGGAACCUCUUGACUUAUCCUUACCAAAGCAGCUUGGAAAUGUGUUGGAACGACCUUCCAUAACUAGCGUUUACCAGAGCAGUGUUUAUUCCCUUCAAGAAGAACCCUUGAACUUGUCUUGUGUUAAAAAAGAGCCAAUGCAAACAGACAGUGUCAUAACAACGGAGCCAGCUCUUAUUUUAAACUCAAGUGCCAAUCCCAUAAACAUUGCUAUCCCUACACUCACUGCCCAGUUACCCACAAUUGUUGCCAUUACCGAUCAGAACAGUGUGCCCUGUCUAAGAGCGCUAGCUGCCAACAAACGGACUAUCUUGAUUCCUCAAGUGACAUAUACUUAUGCCACCACUUCUGCACCUUCAGUUCUAGAACCUCAACAAAAGAGCCUCCAGAUUAAUGGAAGUCAGGAUGAGAGACAGGAUACAAGUUCGGAGGGGGUGUCAAAUGUAGAAGAUCAAAAUGAUUCUGAUUCCACUCCACCUAAAAAGAAACUGAAGAAGACAGAGAACGGGCUGUACGCCUGUGACCUCUGUGAUAAAAUAUUUCAGAAGAGCAGCUCCCUGCUGAGGCACAAGUAUGAACACACAGGCAAGAGGCCGCAUGAGUGUGGAAUCUGUACAAAGGCAUUCAAACACAAACACCAUUUAAUUGAACACAUGCGCCUCCAUUCGGGAGAAAAGCCCUACCAAUGUGAUAAAUGUGGCAAGAGAUUCUCACACUCCGGAUCCUACUCACAGCACAUGAAUCACCGUUACUCAUACUGUAAGAAGGAGGCAGAGGAACGUGAUGGCAUGGAGCAGGAAGAAAAUCUGCAAGAGACCCUCAGUAAUGAGCAUGUGGAUUCCCAAGCUUCUCCCUCUCAGAUAGACUCUGACGAACACGAGAGCCUAACACGGGAAGAUGACAGUGAGAAAGAGGAGGAUGACGAAAAAGACACUGAUGAUGGACAGGACGAAAAAGAAUGUGUUAUAAUGCAUGAUCUGGAGGAAACAGAAUUAGGGGUUGAAGCAGGAACAUUGGAAGGUACUCUGAAGGAUGAAGAAUGUGUAGAUAAAAAUCAGAAUUUGGAGCCAGAAGUCACAGAAAAUCACGUGUCUGAAAAUGACACUGCCCUCCCUUAGCUGGUCUCUUUUUUCCCCCAAAAUGGAAAAAUCUUUUGACGUUAUAAUGAAAGUUAUUCUAUAUUACACAUGCUUUUCUCUGAAACACAGUUGUGUGUAUACUGUGAUUUCUAUUCACUACUGUGUUUAAAAAAAAAAAAAAAUCCAGGUGUGCCUGAAUCUCAAACGUAGAAAUUUUUCACAGCAAUUUUAAAAUUUAGGAAAACGAGUUUGUUACUUGCAACGUCAAAGAUAUAUAUAGUAAAAAAACAAAUGACUCAGAAGUCAAAAUUAAUCAGGUUUUAAUGAACCUACCCAUCCAGCUCAUUUACGCAUCUGGAAACUUAUUUUAUUAGUAUUACGUUUCUUUAUUGUGUCGAUUAGUUUGUACAUUUGGGAGAAAUGUUUGUCUUUUAUUUUUUGGGUUUUAUUUUUUAUUAUUAUUAUUAUCGUUACGGACAUCUACUAAAUCUACUUCAGUAUUUUAUUUUAUGGGAAAAAAAAUGUGAGUAUAACUGCACUACAGAAUUCCUUUACAGAUAAGUCAUAUUUUAAAUAUUACUGCUACCUUGGUAUGUCCAAGACAAGGUAGAGUUUUAUAGAUAAUAUAGUUUGCAGAAAUAUAAUUUACAGCAUAUUUUUAGCCUUACGAAGACAGCAGUGUGGGAGUCAGUGGUGUUCUUAUAUAUGAGGUUAAAUUGUAAUUAAGUUUUCAUUAAAGCUCCUAUUUGCAGGGACUAACAGUUUAUUCUGGGGAAAAAACUGCAAAAAUCAGUGUUGUAUUUGCUUGAAAUAUAGUACAUAUAUGAAGGAUUUAAAGCUAUGUAUCUCCUCUUGGCCUUAUGCAAGACCUUCUGUGCUGUAAGUGCCAUUUUCAGUAUUUUAAGGGCAGAAACUUGCCUUUAUUUAAUGGUGGUCUGUAAUCACUAGCAUUUGUAGUAUUGGUAUUUUUCCCUCUUCUGCCUAGUUAAAGCCAACCUUUCUAAAAUUCUAAUUACAUUCUUUAUUCUUUUAAUGUGUUUUCUUUCUAUUUUGACAGCUUUUCUUCUCCCUGUUAAAAGUACAUUUAAGUCUUUAUUUUAUCUCUCUUUAUUUUGUAUUAACACGGCCUUUCCCGUGGGAAAAACAAAUUGCCAAUAUUUGCUCCAAAAUGCUAACUAUUAUAGACCUUGUUUAUUAAUGGUGUUAGCUAAAAUUACCUAUCAGUAUUAUUUUAAGUUCUUUUAGUUUAGGUCUGUGCAAUGUUUUUUUUGUACUGUAUGUCUUCAAAACCUGGCAGUAUUAAUACCCUUCUUACUGACCUGUACCUUUUAGUUUUAGAAAACUUUUAUAUUUAUGUGUCUUAUUUUUAUAUUUCUUUAUUUAUUACACAGUCUAGUGUAUAAAACUGUAGUUUGUAUUAAUACAAUAAUAUAUUUUAGUAUGAAAUUUUGGAAAGUUGAUAAGAUUUAAAGUAGAGAUACAAAUGGUUCUUUUGCAUUGAGAUUUGAUUUUAACAGUGUUAUGUUAACAUUUAUACUUGCCUUGGACUGUAGAAUACGUAACUUGAGACAGGAAUGUAUUAGACUUACACUUACAAUCAAACUCUUGUACCAUUAUCUGGAUUUUGAUAUGUAAAACAAAGUUUUGAAAUUCACUGUGAGAUUUGUGGCUGGAUGCCAAGCAGUUUAUUUCAGAUAAUCUCUAACCACCACAAUUACUGUCCUUAGCAAGCCAAAUUAGACAACUUUACAAAACAGUGUUGGGAAGUGGGAACAAAGUUUAAAAUUUUUGUGCCAAUUAGAUCCUGUAUUCAUGUGUUUUGUUUUAUUGUUUAUUUGUUUUUUGUUUUUGUAUGUUUUUUUUUUUUUUUUUUGGCUGGGAAAAAAACAAACAAAACAUACAUUUUUAUGUUCAUUGUUAUAUCAUAGUCAUUUUCUAGUUUUUUACCAAGCUCCCUCUCUCACAAUAAAAUACAUCAACAAGUA